AUGUCUUCUAAUCAACAACCGUCAAAAAAUGAAAAUAAACAAGAUGAUACAUUAUUGAAUCGUGUCAAGAAUCUUCCGACACAAAAUUCUGAUAUUACCUCAGUACAUGAUUUUUUUAAUGGGUACCUUUUUCCAACCCCACCAAAAUUUGAAAUUGAACCCUCAAUUUCGGAUACAAUUACCGGCUUUAAUGUUCAUCGUGAAGUGGGAUUAAACUUUUACGUCAAAACUGCAAUGUCAUUUUUGAAACUCAACAAAUUAAAACGAUGGGUUUUAAGUAACCGAGAUGGAUUAGCCGGAUAUGGAUUCCAAUGGGAGAGCUUUUUUAAUACAGACUUUGAAGUGAAUUAA